AUGAGUACAGAAGGAAAGAUGGCAAACGAAGUGUACGAUGCAGUACUACUUACAGCAGGAGCAGUUGGUGUGUCAAUGGCAUCGAAGAAGAUUCUAAAGAAACCCCUAAGUACCCCAGAGAAUGUAAAAGGAUUUGUUAAGUUAGCAGUGUCAGUUAGCCUGUCCUCCCUACUAAUCUCAUACCUGAAAGGAAAAAAGUUCCUUCCGGAUGAUCCAUUCAAAUCUAGGUACAAAUAUACAAUGGCAAGUGCAGUUGCAGGAGGACUUUUUAAUGCAUUUGCUUUUGCAGGAGCAGGGUACCUGUUUAAGAUGUUCGAUAGGAAUGGGUACGCUGAAAAAGCCAAAAGACAUAACAUGGCAAUGGAGGAAUUAACAGCUGAAAGAGAGAAGUACCUUUAA